CUAACCUGAGUUCGGGCAUCUCGUUGCAUGUUGGGAAACGUAGUUCUUUAGGUGCUGGAGGUGUCCUGCGGCGAGUACUGAAGCACGGUCUGCCUCGUAGAGCCCGGUAGAGUUCAACUGACAAAAGGAGCCGUUGGAGCGGCGCGUGUUCUCCCGGGAUGGCAUGGAUGUCUCAAGAAAAAUGGAAAGAAUCAGGCCAGAUGUGGAGACGACUAAAGAAGUAAAAGUUAAACAGGAAGAAAUAGAGCAGGAGUCCAUAAAGAGGUCUAACAGUAACCUAUUGGAUGCAUCAUCUGAAUCUCCCAGAGAGAAACACAUUUCAAUUCAAAUGUCGCUUGCUGAUUUAGAGAAAUUGGCUGACUUGAAGGAGGACUACCUAAUCUCAGCUGUUUCCCAGAACACAGACCAUCAUGAGUCAGCUGGCAAGAAAUCUUGCCCACUAUGCCCUGAAGAGAAAUUCAGAGCUUGUUAUGGACAUAAGCUCCAUCGCCACCUUCAGAAUCUCCACUGGAAAGUAUCUGUCGAAUUUGAAGGCUACAAAAUGUGCAUCUGCCACUUACCUUGUCGACCUGUGAAACCAAAUGUUACUGGAGAUCAGAUAUCCAUGAACAUGGGAUCUCAUUAUCACUGCAUUAUCUGUUCAGCAACCAUUACCCGAAGGGCUGAUAUGGUAGGGCAUAUUAAACGCCAUGUGAAUAAAAGAGAAACUGAAUCAAGGUAUACCCCAGCCCCUGCUCUUAAAUCAUCUCAUGAAGUACUGAAAGAAGCAGAUACGGAAGUACAAGUCCUUCCUAACUAUUCUACACCACAAAAAACAGAUUCCUAUUUUAAUCCCAAAAUGAAACUAAACAGGCUGCCAUUUCUACAAAAGUUCAUAUAUCAACAGAAAUCAAAAGCAAUGAAUGUUUGUUCGUACAGGCAACUGAUAGUCUGUGCUUUAGCUGUUCUAGCUGAGGAGCGAAAACCUUUGGAAUGUCUGGAUGCAUUUGGAGCUACUGGUAUAAUGGGACUACAAUGGGCAAAGCAUCUUGGAAAUUCUGUGAAGGUCACAAUUAAUGAUUAUAAUGAGAAUUCUGUGACAAUGAUACAGGAGAACUGUCAUUUAAAUAAGAUGAAGAUGAUAGUGAAUAGCAAGGAGGAAGAUGACUGUGAUGAAACAGUGGAAGAAGGGGAAGAAAACCUGCCUGCCAUUGAGGUGACAAAAAUGGAUGCCAAUGUCAUCAUGCACUUAAGAGCAUUUGAUUUUAUCCAUCUGGACCCAUUUGGAUCAUCAGUGAAUUAUCUAGACGCAGCUUUCAGAAAUGUACGAAAUCUUGGAAUUGUGUCCGUGACAUCAACAGAUAUCAGUUCUCUCUAUUCAAAAGCUCAGAAUGUGGCCCAGCGUCACUAUGGUUGCAACAUCAUCAGGACAGAGUACUACAAGGAACUGGCUGCUAGGAUUGUAGUAGCAGCUGUGGCAAGAGCUGCUGCUCGAUGCAACAAAGGCAUUGAAGUUUUGCUUGCAGUGGCUCUUGAGCACUUUGUCCUAGUAGAGGUGAGAGUACUGAGAGGACCUUCACCUGCAGAUGAUACCGUCAAGAAAAUUCGGUACCUCAUUCAUUGUCAGUGGUGUGAAGAGAGGGUAUUUAAGAGAGAGAACAACAUGAUAGAAGAAAACCCUUAUCGGCAACUCCCAUGCGAUUGUCAUAGCAGUAUGACAGGGAAGACAGCAAUUGAACUUGGUCCUCUGUGGUCAGGAUCACUUUUCAACACUGGAUUUCUCAGAAGGAUGUUGUUUGAAGCAGUUCAGUAUGGUUUAGAUGACAUACAGGGCCUUCUAAAAACACUAAUCUGUGAAGCAGAGUGCACAACUCUCAAGCAGUUUUCGAUCCAUGGCCCUAGUAACCAAAACAAGCAAGAAGAGUGUGGUGUGUUUAUUAAAACACCAGAUGUUGCAGCAGAUUACUACGUUGUACAUGGCAAGAGAAAAAGUAAUGAAGUGAGUCAAAAUGGAGCAAAGCGACAGAAGCUUGAAAGUAAUGCAGAGCAUCCUGCCUUUUAUUAUAAUAUCCACAGACACAGUAUUAAAGGAAUGAACAUGCCAAAGUUGAAUAAGUUCUUGCAUUAUCUCUCUCAAGCUGGCUAUAGAGUAAGCAGGACUCAUUUUGACCCCAUGGGUGUCCGCACGAAUGCCCCCCUGGUGCAGUUUAAAUCUAUUCUCGUGAAAUACAGCACUCCUACAUACAUGGGAGGGCAAUCUGAAGGCCCCCUGCAGACUUCUGAGAAUUCCCAGAUUGCGGCUAAAGGCGACUUUGAAGAAAGCACAUGAAGUAACACUUCUGGCCGGCGUUGUGUGUGUUCAUUGAAUUUUAAUUUUUUUUUUAAAUUCAAGAAUGAUGUUAAGAGGUACAACUGAGCCAACAGUCUAUAGAGAGACAGAAUUUUACAUGCAACUGCUGGCCUAUCUUAACUGUUUUAGGACACCUUUAAGCCACCACAGAAGAAUGGUCAGGUUAUAUUCCAGUAAGUUGACAGUUUAUUUGCAAGCAGUUAUUUACUUUUGAUGUCUGAUUUUAGGUUAUUGAAUUCUGCAGCUACCUGAACUUCCAAACCUUGUAAUUCCUUGUUCAGAUGUAUAAUAUUGCUUAAGAGGAUAAGACCGGGGUGGGGGUGGGGGAAGG